CCUCCGCUGAGGGUCGCCUGACUGGUUUGUGGGAGGAUAGUCGUCAGCGAGAGGGAAGUGUGCCCUGGCCGGAGAAGGCGCUCAGCAGCAACCAUGUCGGCUCAGGCCCAGAUGAGAGCCCUGCUGGACCAGCUUAUGGGCACGGCGCGGGACGGGGACGAGACUCGGCAGCGAGUAAAGUUUACAGAUGAUCGUGUCUGCAAAAGUCAUCUCCUGGACUGCUGUCCUCAUGAUAUUCUUGCUGGAACGAGGAUGGAUUUGGGUGAGUGCACCAAGAUUCAUGACUUGGCACUGAGGGCCGAUUAUGAAAUUGCAAGUAAAGAAAAAGAUCUGUUCUUUGAGCUUGAUGCUGUGGAUCAUUUGGAGUCCUUCAUUGCUGAGUGUGAUAGAAGAACCGAACUCGCAAAGAAGCGCCUUGCUGAAACUCAGGAGGAAAUUAGUGCAGAAGUUGCUGUAAAGGCAGAGAAAGUUCAUGAGUUGAAUGAAGAGAUUGGAAAAUUGUUGGCAAAAGCAGAACAACUAGGAGCUGAAGGGAAUGUUGAUGAAUCACAAAGAAUUCUAAUGGAGAUGGAGAGAGUCAAGGCCCGGAAACGAGAGGCGGAGGAUGAAUACCGCAAUUCGAUGCCUGCAUCCAGUUUUCAACAGCAGAAACUGCGGGUUUGUGAAGUGUGCUCUGCGUACCUUGGAUUACAUGACAACGAUCGGAGACUUGCAGAUCACUUUGGGGGGAAGUUGCAUUUAGGCUUUAUUCUCAUCCGAGAGAAACUUGAGCAAAUGAGAAAAACUGUUGCAAGCAAGCAGGAAAAACGAAACCAGGAACGCUUGCGGAGACGAGAGGAACGAGAAGAACGAGACCGAGAAGAGCGAGCAGGAAAGCGGUCGCGGUCCAAAGACAGGAGGAGACGAAGAUCGCGAUCAUCUUCUCGUGACAAACGAAGAUCAAGGUCAAGGGACCGACACAGGCAUCAUCGUAGUCGCUCAGGAAGUCGGAACAAAAGUCACCAUGGCAGUUCACGUGAUAGGGAGCGUUCAAGAAAAUAACUACUAUGAAGCAGCUUAAAUAGAUCUGCUGGAAUGACACAACUACGUUUCAGUCAUGAAGUCUGAUUUUGCAUAUGGGGAACUUGCAGUACUUCAAAUAACAUUCUUUGUGUUGUAUUUUUAAGUAAUCGAGCAAUGUUCUAUAAAUGAUAAUAAAGCUUUUUUCUUACUGAAAACUCACAUUUGAUAAACUUAAUUUUUUAUUUUUAUUUUCAAAAUAGCGAUGUUACUCAAUGCAAUUCUGCUUUUCUUUCGAUUUUGAAAAUAGUUGGAAGAUAAUUAAAGCAUUCGUUUAGCCCACAGGGUUUGUUCAUCGUGGUUGUGCUUUUUAUUUUAGGUGCUGUAAAUAGGAGUAUAUGAUACCAAACAACUGCUAUAUGAAGAUAAGCCUAUUAUCUUGCUACAUUCUAGUUAUAUUUGAUCAUCAGUUCAUCUGUAUCAACAUUUUCUAUGUAUGCUAGAUGGAUUAACAAGUUCAUGUGUUGCUAUAUUGUAUUAGAAGACUCAGAACAUUGGAACUGGCUAAAAAACACCUAUCCACUUGGCCCUGGUGUUUAUAACGCUACAUUGCAAAUAUUAGAAUGGCUAUCAGAACAAAUUGAUAGGAUGUGUCAAAUCUUUUUACUCACUUUUGGUUUACACUUUACAAGUAGUAUUGAGAAUAUAGAUUGUGUUCACCAAAGCUAGAUAAUAUGGAUCAAAACUGUUUGUAUACUCUGUGGUUAAUCCUAUGUAGACUCAACUGUUGGCUUGGCAAAUAAAACAAGAAAAAUACUUUUUACUCAGUACAAA